GCCAGCCAGUGUGUGUCUGGAGCUGUGGGCAGGUGUGUGUGUGCUCCUCAAGACUCAAUAUACAAGCUAGAAGAUAUUAGACUGAUGUAAUUAAUGCUUAAAUGAUAAGUCGUUGGUUAUUGAAAAUCUCAUAUUUCAAGAGGUGUCCGGCAUCAGUGUUAGUGAAAGUUAUUUGCUACGUUGAGUGAGGUGAGGAGAAUGGCUCUAUGUGCCUCAGUGAGGCUUCCACUACUGUGAAGAUACUUGUAGUUGUAAUCUUAUCUCUCACUGUCUCUGUGCAGACAUGGCCAUGUACCGCACGGGCCGGCGAGUGGUGGAGGUUGGAGGAACAGGAAUAGGGAAGCUCCUCCCUCGUCUCUCCGUCAGCUCAUCACCCCACCAGCACCCCCCAUGCACUCCCUCCCCGGACGUCCUUGGUCGCGAACUACUACUACCACCACCACCACCACCGUCACUAUCAACACACUGUUACUACGGCAGCUGCAGUUACUACCCGGCUCCCCUCCUGCGCGCUCCUCGCCAGUCCACCUCUCUCCCGUCUUCUACAAUGUCCACCAUUGCAACAUUAAACUUCGCACAAGAGAAAACGAAGUACACUCCACCUGACACCUUGGGAACGAAAUACACCACAGAUGAGGUCCACCGCUACAUGGUUGACUGUAUGUUAGCAGUAGGCACACCAAGGCAACACGCUGCUGCACUGGCUGAUGUCUUGGUCGCUGCUGACACGCGAGGCCACUACAGUCAUGGACUCAAUAGACUAGAGAUGUAUGUGAAUGACGUGAGGCAGAAGGUAUGUGAUGGUGGUGCCGUUCCCUCCAUCACGAAGGAGAGUGUGUCGACUGCUCUUGUCCAUGGCAAUAAUGGCCUCGGACCUGUUGUUGGUAACUUCUGCAUGGACCUUGCUAUUAAAAAAGCUAAAGAAACAGGCAUUGGCUGGGUCUGCACACGGGGCAGCAACCACUAUGGCAUUGCAGGUUGGUAUGCUCUGAGAGCCACGAGAGAAGGCCUCCUGGGUAUGAGUUUUACCAACACGUCGCCACUUGUUGCUCCAACUCGUGCCAAGAAGGCAGCUUUGGGAACCAAUCCAAUAGCCUUGUCAGCACCAGCAAAGAACGGGGACAGUUUUGUACUUGAUAUGGCAACCUGUGUUGUAGCUGUAGGUAAAAUUGAAGUUGAGCGUCGGAAGGAAAAGCCUAUUCCUGAAGGCUGGGCAUUGGACAAAGAUGGUGUACCCACUACUGAUGCUGCCGAGGGCAUGCAGGGGGCCCUUAUGCCUCUGGGAGGACCAGAAUUACACUCCGGCUAUAAGGGUUAUGGUCUUGGCAUGUUAGUGGAGGUCUUCUGUGGUAUUUUGUCAGGUGGACAGUACGGCCCAAAUGUUCGCCGAUGGCUGCAGACAGAUAGAGAAGCAGACUUGGGGCAGUGUUAUGUGGCCAUCAAUCCUGCAUUUUUUGCCCCAGGAUUUGAAGAUCGUAUGAGUGAUUUAAUGGACCAUUGCCGUGGCAUGGAACCAGCUGAUGCAGAAAAGCCAGUCUUGUCUGCUGGCGAUCCUGAACGUGCACACAUUGACAAAGUGAAUCGAGAAGGUGGCAUCACAUACCAUAUCAAUCAAAUCACAGACUCUUGGAGGCUUGCAAAGGUGCUGGGUGUGAAGCCGAUGCAGUAAAUGACAUUUGCAACGAUAUAGGAUAAAAACCCACACUUCUGUAAGUGUGAAAUUUACAUGAGGAAUUUACACCAAGUCUUUCACAUUCUUCUGAAUGCUUUGUCAAGGUCCGAGUGUGUGAUUAGGACGAGAAUUUUUAUUAGACGUGGAGAUAUAAAUCUCGUCACACACUCAGACCUUGACAAGGCACUCGGGAGAGUGCAAAAGACUAGGUGUAAAUUCCUUAUAUAAAUUUCACAAAUACACAAGUGUGGGUUUUUAUCCUAUGGUAUUAUGUCUGUGAGAAGACAUUACCAUUACUAAUUUGCAAUAAUGAUAACUGAGCAAGAGUGACUUGCAGGAAGUGCGAUGAUUAUUCUGCCCUACACAUUUGGUUAUACUGUAUAUGCAAUAAUUUCAUGUAGACUGCAUUUUUUAUGUUUGUGGGAGGGAGAGCACAAAGGAAUUAUAGUACUGUACUACAUGCACUUGUGCUGGCUUCCUGUCCCCAAAGUGGCAAAUGGAGAUUGUGGCAAUCAAGUAGAUUUAAUUUAACAUUAAUAUUUCAUCUUGUGCGAGAGAGGAAAUAGGGAGGCAGGAGGUGUUGGCUUAGCGACAGUAGCUGGAACAGUCGUGUGGCAUAAUGCACCAAGCUGUGUGUGUGUGUGUGUGUGUGUGUGUAGACCGAAGAGAACCUCAUUGUUUUGUUCGAGUUUCAGGUCAGUACCCACUAUUGGUAGUAAACAUUAACCAUUUUGGAUUAGCUAUAUGGAUAAUAUUUUUGUGGAAUUAUGUGGAAAAACGUCACAUUUUUUAUUUUGAAAACAUUUUCAUUCCAUUUCCUUAUAGAAAUUAAAUAAAAUUAAUUUUUGCUGUGAAUAUUGUAGGCGAGAUAUGACUGUACAGUAAUAUCAUAAUGAUUAUUGCUGUCUGUAUUUAGUGCAUGUACAGUGUUCCUAUUGUGCUAGAAGGUAGUGAAUGAAGUCUGUAGCAACCAAUAUCCUUGGUCAGUUGUUCAUCUUAUGCACCUCCCACACUCAAGCUUCUUCCCCUGUGCUGUUUGUUUUCUUAAUAUUUUUACGCGGCCAUGUCCCUGACCAUGCGUUAGGAGACAGAACACACACACAUUGCCUCGGAAAACAUGCUUUAGGUCACCAAACGUGCUUUGGAUCCCAAACAUAAGAACAUAAGAAUGAAGGUAACUGCAGAAGGCAUAUUGGCCCAUAUGAGGCAGCUCCUAUUUAUAUCCACCCAAACUCAUUCAUAUACAUGUCACACACAUACAUACAUGUGUGAUGUCAUCACACAUGCAUGUAUGUAUGAUUACUGUACAUGUAUGAUUUCAUCCAAAAUGUAAAGUACUGUAGCUUAAAUUGUUGUACAAUACAAUUAUUUGUUGUUAUAACUUGUUUGUAUUUAAAAUGUUUACUGUUGUUUAGGAAAGCUUUUAUUUUCAUGAGUGUAGCCAUUCUGAUAUUAAAAUUACUGAAAUUGUGAA